GAGCACCCACGGGACCCCAUGAGCAUCCAUGGGCACCCACGGGCAUCCCAGAGGCCAUGGGCCUCCUGAGCACAGGGCAGGCAUUGGGCAUGAAAGUGGAGGUGGCCACUGGCCGCUGGGGCAGGCGCGAGCAGGGCGGCAUCCCGGGAUGCUUGAGCAUCCCUCUGAAGUUUGGCUGGGGAAUGGGGUGCAACAAGUGGGUGCUACCACGUGAACCGUGCCCCGUGUGCAGGUACAGGAUGCUCAGUGGGUUCCAGGGCUUGUUUGUCCCUGUUGCCGUGGGCUCACGGGUGAUGCUGUGCUGGGCUCGGCGGGUCGAUAGCAUUCACCGUCUGCAUCAUGCCCUGCCAAAGUUGCUGCCAGCGAGAGCUGUGGGAGAGCCAGAGGAAUUGUUAUUCAGAGCUGGUCUCAACACUCGAACCUCGCUCCUUCCUGAGGGGAGGGAGAAGGGGGAUGGAGCUGAGUCACCCCAUGUAUGAGUUAAGCAACUUUCCGGCACCAAAACACCAAAGCCAGGCUGGCCUUGUUGGUGUAAGCCUCUUUAAAAAUAUGGGUAUUUGGGGAGAAAUAUCAAUCUCUAUUUAACAGCACUUUGGCUUAUUAAAAUGGAAAUAGCUUUGCAAAUGUAAAUCUCCUUAUGCUCCCUAAUGCCUUUUGUUUCGGUUCCGCACUUGCUCGCAGCUGGUGGAGGGACCUGAGCUGGUGGUUGUUCUGGUUGUUCUGGAUUUCCAGCACUCUCCGGCCAGCCGGGCCCCGGCAUCUCCCACCAUGGUUACCCCACAAACCUCCCCCUGCAAUGAAGUGCUUUGUGACGCUCCAUGAGAACAUUCCUAGUCAUUCCAGGCCAAACCAUUCCCCAGCACAACCCAGGCUGUGUCUGGAGCCUCCAUCAGCCCGCAGCUCCCUCCCGACGCUGGCUCACAUGGUCCCCGCUGCUGGAUGAAGUCCUGGGCGGUUUUGUUCCAUGGACAGGGAAGUGGCUUUGUUGACUCAGUGGAUCCAUCCUUCACAUGGUGUGGGGUUCUGGUGGUGGUUUGGAAGAUCCUUUUUCCCUUGCAGUGGUGCUGUCACCUCGCCAGACACCCCAAGGCAGGGGACCAGGGAGCUGGGAUGCACGUGCUGUAGCAGGGAGGCUGCUGAGGAUUCGAGGGGAUGGUGUCACAAAAGAUGAUGGGAAUGGGUUGGGGCAGCGGGAAGCAUGUUCCUUUGCCCCGUUGUACCAUGGCUGAGCCAGGGAACGGCGGGUUUGGGGCUGCCCAUCACCCCGUGAUGCCGCCUGCCCUGAGCAGAGCCCCGAUCUCAGGGGACCUGGCUUCUCCUUCUGUUUUCAUUUGCUUUUUUAUCGGUGCCACUGGAGUUUGGUUUCAAGAGAGCUGGUUUUGGGAUGUGCCAGGGCUGUGCAUGGGUGACCCUGGGCAGAGGGCCCUCGUGGAGGCAAGUGCAGGCAGGGCAGGCAGCACAGGCAGGGCUGGCUCAUCUCUCCUGGCAGCAUUAGGAGCUGGACGGAUGCCCCCGUGCUGCUGCGGAUGGUGGCCCUGCAGAGGCAGAGCCGGGAGCUGGACUUUACCCUGCAGUGGGGCUUUUCCAGAGCCAGGCCUCCGGUCCCUUCUGGGAGCUGUGCAAGGCAAGACCAAGCAUGAGAAGACAAAUGGUCCAACAGCCACCAGCCUGGCAGGGGAGUACACUUGCAGCUCAUGGCCCUGAGAAGGGGCUUGCUCUCCUCCUGCUCUCCCACCAGGCCCAAGGACAGGAGAUUCCUGUGUGGAGACAUGGGGCAAAAGUCAAGAAGAAUUAAGCAGAGCAUGACUGCAAAGUGCUUUAGCUAAAGCGCAUUAAAGCUAAUUAAGCUGAAUUAACCAAGGCCACUGUCUCUGUAUGGGCUCACAGGCCAGGGAUUAGCUGCCUGAGACUAAUGCCCACCUUCAGCUCAUCCCACCUACAGUUAAUGCCACUUUCAGCUCAUCCCACCUUCGGCUCAUCCCACCUUCAGCUCAUCCCACCUUCCUGCGCCGGAGCACAGGGGUGACAGUGAGCUGUGGCUGCCCGAGGCACAGGACCUGCCUGCCGGGAGGAUGCUUAUCCCUGCGGUGGCUCCCCAGGGUCCCUCCACUGUUAAAUCCAGAGCUCAGUCCCAGGAGAUGGGCUCGGCGGUGCUGCAGCCAGUGGCAGAGCUGGUGGCGCCUCAGUACCUGGCAGUGGACAGAGGUACCACAUGCCACGUUCUGCAGGAGGAGGAGGAGGAGAGAUGUCUCACUGCAGAGUGGCAGAUCCCAAUCCAGCCAGGCUGGGCCUGACCCUGCUCCUGGACCUGGUGGACCUGCACCUCUCAUGCCGCAGCACCGCUUCCAGUCCCCCCAGCACCGGCACAGUGGAUUUGUUGUGUGUUGGAGCCUCUCCUGCAGAAAUACUGGCCAAGGAGUUGGAGGACCCCCUGCCUGUCUCAUGGCUGGUUUCAGCAGCCAGAUCUGUCUGCAGUCACCCAGCACUGCGUGCGGCGAUGCUGGGGUUUAACAGGAGCCGGCUGAUGGCUCCUCCAUGUACUGGCUGCGCCAGCUGGGUCUGCGCGGCCAAUGUCUCCUGCAGGGCUGGGAGAGCCAACUUGGAGCCCCCAGUUUACACAUGGCACAAACCAGAAUCCUCAUCCUCGUCUUGCUCUGGAAGUGCAGGGAGGGGGCUGUGACCCAGCAGAGCGAUUCCCAGAAAACGCUUGGAGGACUGAUGUGGACUUCAGCAAAUUCAGUGAUGAGACUGAACCAAAACACCCAAUCCAUCUUCCCAUGUUUGUCCUUCCUCCCAUCUGCUGCAUUCCUGCAGCGAGCUGCUGAGCCCAGCACAUCCCCAGGCUCUGCUCCACGUCUGGCUCAGCUUAACCCCUUGGCUGCUGUGGCUCCUCCGCCUCCGCAUGGCUCCGUUCCCAAGCUCCUUUCUCAGGCUCCUUAAACCACAGCCCGGCGCUGGGAACCGGACCCAGCCGUGCUCCUGCUCCCUGUCUGCGCAGUGCUUGGGGUGCUCCGCACCCGGAUCCUUUCCAGCUUCCAGUGCAGGAAGGUUUGGAGCCCUGGAGCUCGGCGCCUUGCCAGCAUGGGCACAGAGGGACCCGGCCGAAGCGCAGCACGUGGGAUGGAUGCCGGCUCGCUGGAUGCAGCAGUGCAGGGUGCUCUCCAGGCCCUCUACCCGCCCUUCGAUGCCACGGCCCCCACGGUGCUGGGGCAGGUCUUUCGGCUGCUGGAGACCAGCUACCAGGGUGAUGGGCUCUGCUGCCUGCUCCAGUUCCUCAUCCCGGCCAAGCGCCUCUUCGAGCACGUCCGGCAGGCAGCCUGCGCUCCCUACUUUAACUGCAUCUUUCUCCAUGAAGGCUGGCCCUUGUGUCUGCACGAGAAGGUGGUGGUGCACCUCGCGCCGCUCAACCCGCUCCUGCUGCGCCCUGGGGACUUCUACCUGCAAGCGGAGCCGUGCGAGGAGCACUCGGCACGCAUCACCGUCAAACACCUCUCCCAGGACCUGUGCACGGUGGAGGAGACGCCGGUCCCUGAGGCUGCCUACACGCUGCUUUUCACCAACGAGUGGCUGGAGGAGAUCAACAGCGCCCGGGCCGGAGCCCCCUUACAAACCUGCCUGGUGGCCACCGAGAACGGUGUCGCCCCGCUGCUGUGGAGCAGGAUUGCCACGCCGGAGUUCAUCGACAAGCCCAAGGCUGGAGCUGAUGGGAUGUCUGUGGGCACCCAACAUGACCCUGCUUCUGAAGCUGCAGCUGAGCCAGCAGCACCCAGCGCACCCAUGCCCCACAGCACAGCAGGCAUCCCAGUGCCCUAUAGCAACGUUGUGGGAACCAUCCCAGGCUGCAAAGUCACCUCUCGGAAGGCGAGUCAGGGAAAAUACCCAGGACUGAUCAAGGUGGACCAGGCUGCGCUGUGGAAGAAGCCGACCAUGCUGGCCAUGCCCAGCCUCUGCGAGAUCAUCAGCCAGAACCUGGAGGGGGAGUACGUGGACCUGCUGGAGCUGUCCCUGGAGCAGAUGGACCUCCUGGCCAGGUCCCUGCCGGCAGGCACCGGGGACAAGGUGACACUCACCUGUGUGAACGGGGGUCCCUGUGGGGCGGCACCGAGCUCAGAGGAGGGUCCCUGCACCCCAUGCCUGGGGCAGGAGCUGAGCCGGGAGCCGGGGCCACACGGGCCACGGUGCCGCCACCGUGACUCGUACCUGGCCGCGCUGCAGAACCCGGUGAGCUUCGGCGCCGGACCGAUGGCAGCCAUCCUGGAGGAGCCGGACGGCCCUGGCCCUGAGCCGCCCCCCACUGCUCCCCGUGAGACCCCCGCGCAGCGCGGGACGGGGUCCGGCAGCCCCACGCUCCUCACCCACCGAACCCAGGCAGUGGCGCGGCAGAGCAGCCCCCGGCUGCCCCAGGGCUCUGGCCACAAGUUCUCCUUCCUGAAGGGUCCCCGGCUCGGGGCGGCGCACGGGGAUGAAAGAGCCACCAGCCAGCAUGAAGGGGCCUGGAAGAAGAUGUCUGCUAUCUACUCGCCCAGGAUGGGCAGAGCCAAGGCAGCCGGGAAAGGUUCGGAUGCAGCAGCCGCUGCCCCUGCAGAGGAACAGCCCAUGGAAAGCUCUGGCUGCAGGAAUGGUCCCUCCAUGCCCAGCAUCAGCACCACAGGCCGGGAGCCACCGGCCUGGCAGGACCUGCACACGGGGCUGCUGCACUCGGGCAUCGUGUGCCUGCCAGGCAGCUCGGACAGGCAGGGCAGGGCCCUGCUCCGGGUGACCACCGGCGGCAGCGCCUGGGGGGCCGCGUGGUGCUCGGCCACAGAGCUGGCGAGGCUCAUCCUCUACCUCUGCUCCAUCGCCAGGCAAGACAUGAAGGACGUCGGGCUGACCAUCGUGGUGGAUGCCAGGAAGCAGCCGCCUGCUCCUGUCCUGUUCUCUGCCCUCCGCUCUGUCCAGAGCGUCUCACCGGGCUGCAUCCACACCGUGCUGCUGCUGGCUGAGAAGGAGCUGGUCACACACCGCGAGAGGCUGCCCGGGGUGCAGGUGGAGUCGCUGCCAUCGCUGAAGGCUCUGGGCCGCUUCGUCGACAGCUCCCAGCUGACACCGGAGCUGGACGGUGCCUUCCCCUACAGCCACGGCGAGUGGGUGCAGUUCUUCCAGAAACUGCAUCCCUUCACAGCCAGCCUCCGGCGGGCAUCGGAGCUGCUGCAGAGCUGCAUCCAGGAGCUGCCAAGCGCCGACGCGCUGGCGGGGACACAGGAUGCAGGUGCUUGCAUCCAGAGGCACCGGGAGCUGAUGCGGAGGGUGCUGAGCGCCGCGCCGCUGGUGUGGGUGCAGCGCGAGGCGGGGGCUAUGCUGGCCAGGCUGCGCAGGGAGGCCACCCGGCUCCAUGCCUUGGCCCACGUCAGGACCAGUAUGGAGUCGGCUGAGGCACUGUACAACCAGCUGGAGGAAGAGCUUCACGACCUGGUGUUCCAGUCCAACAGCUCCCUGGAGCGCCUGGAGUUCCUCCGGAAGGUGCGGGAGCUGGAGGCUGAGUUCAGCAAGCUGGGGCUGUGGCUGGAUGGGGAGGCAGCGGCGCGGCUGCAGGAGAUGGGUGCCGAGGAGUGGAGCCCCGAGAGCUUUCUGGGAUCCGAUGAGCGGUUCAACGAGUUCCUCAUCCAGGCAACAGCUCAGUACCGGCAUGGCCUGGUGCUGUGUCAGGAGGCAGCUGAGGUCCAAGACGCAGCUUUCCCAGAGGCAGACCUCUUCCAGGCAGCCGUGGCCCUUUUCCGCACGAAGCUGACAAGCUUCCACAGGCAAGUGGAACGGCGCCAGGCGGAGCGGGAGCUGCUGCGGGACCUCGGACGCUUCUCCAGCAAGAUCGCGGGGCUGAAGCUGGGCCGCGGGCAGUGCCCGGUGCGGGGCAAGCGCGAGGAGGGCCGGGCGCUGCAGGGCCUGCAGAGCUCCUUCCAGAAGCUGUUGGUGGAGUUUGCCCUGGAGAAGCUGCAGGAGAUGAAGGCUCAGGUGCGCAGGAUGCGGAGCAGCUCAGGGCUGCCAGCCUGGGCCGAGGCACGGCACCGCUACCAGGAGACGCGGCAGGUCCUGGAGGAGAUGCUGGCAGAGCUGCAGGAGGCCUGGGGAGCACAAGCUGAGGGGCACCGAGACUCCUUCAGCCGCCCUGGCUCAGGGUCCGCUGCCCCUUGCAAAGGAGCUCCAGGCACCAGCCCUGAGCCAGCGGUGCCAGGGGAGCAACCGGAGCCCAGUGCUGGGACAGGACAGCCCCAAGGACCAGCACAGCCCCGGGCCAGCAGCGCUCCCAGCCCCUCACUGGGUGUGGAGCCGAGCUCCCCACAGCCCCGCUGCCAUCAGGGGCUAGAGGGUGACCGUGCCUCUCACCGCCAUGCCUCUGCCAGCACCUCCCUCCCCAAACCAGAGAGUGGAGCCUGCCUGGGCGCUGCGAGACGCCUUGCCCACAACAGCCAGACCCUCCAGAGACAUCCCUUCACGCUGCCUGCCCGGGCGCAUCUUCCAGGCACUGACCCACCAUGUCCCACCGCUGUGCCCCACGGGGCUGUCACACACGGUCCACCAGCCCAUAAGUGGGCAGAAGCCACCCAGUACUUCCAGGUUUCCAGCCAGAGCAGCUUCUCCUCUGAAGACUCCGACUCGCAGAACUCCACCGAGGAUGCCCCAGCAGCGAGCCUGGCCUUGCCCCAGGACCUCCAGAGUCCCAGACCACGUUGCCCCUCCAAAAAGACCCCCCAGAUUGUUUACCUGGAGAACCAUCACACCGAGAGUCCAGCUAAAGCAAACGCCAAGUGAAACCAGUCCCUUCCAGUCGGGGCUCUUUCUGCCCAGUGGUUGAGGUACCGAUCACCAGCUGGAUGGGACAUCCCAUGCUCGGAGGUGGGGUCUGCUGCUCAACCAUCAGUUCCAGAAUCCUUCCGUUUCCUGUACUUUUCCCCUCACCCCACCGUGGUACAGCACUGACUCCAUGGCUACGAGGUCUGUUAAUAAUCUACUAGUGUGUAGUAACCUUCACCUAAAGUGCACUUAUCCCUACAAGCGGUUCCUGGGACGGUGGUUCCCCACAGGCAGGAGCCAGGCUUGGAGCAUCCAUGGGGAGCACAGACGUGUGCUGGGGUGCUUCUGCCCACCAACCCCACCACACUCCGCCGGGCGAUUUGCCUGUCCCUGCACUGCUGCUACAGCCCUGGCCAGCUGAUAGCAACAGGAAUUUUGUGCAUGUGCUCUCGUUAACGUGGGACUAACGAUAUUAAUAAACCUGAAGAGAAGCACCCA